AGUAGAAGCUGUUAAGGAGCCUUUUGGACCUAGACUUGGCGCUCCGGUACCCAUACCUACAUGAAAUCAUAGACUAUCGUAUCCACGCAGCUUGGGGGAAGCCGUGACAACAAGAUGAGGCGAAAAUGUGCAUUGAUGUGUGCGCCGGAGCUACCAGGCCAUCAGAGAAUUAAAUGCGCAUUGUGCUUAAAUGUCAAUGUAUGUAUUGACUUCUAAGAUUAAAAUGAAGAGGCAAAUCAACUGUGUACAUUCCAGUCUACAGGUGAUCUGUCCAAAGUGGAAAUGGCCCUAAUUACACCCCACACAUAAUUACAGAUAUGUCCAAUGAUGCACAACAAAGGACUGGACUACAUUCGGACACGAGGUUUAACGCACAUAAAGCGCAGUAAACCCACAAUAAAAGUUGACAUUGGUGGCGUUAGUUGUGAUAAUCAAAUUUCAAACAGAUUCUAGCUUCAGUAAUGUGACUUUGUAGUAUAGACCGCCGGUGGCACGCGCAGGCUCCUAACGCAGCGGAGAGAUGGUUUUAGAUGCAUCUCUCCCUGUGGUGGGGAGAUGGGCUUUCCACUACCUUCUUCAGCGCAUGUCAUUGGAGACUUAAUUAAAUAGACGGCAUUUCAGUGAGAGUGGACGGUUUACUGAGUUGAACUGACGCAUUCAGACAGCAUCGAACACUCAAGAUGCGUGUCCGUCUCUAUUGGAUUAUUUUCGUGACGUCUUUGGCUCCAUCUGAUCUGUCCAGUCUGCACCCAGACUGCGAGUAUAUAUUACAGCUGGAGAGAGAGGAGCGGUAUUGUCUUCAAUACAUCGCAGAGCAUGACAACAACCACAGUACACUAGGUUGUCUACCGUUCUGGGACUCUGUGGUGUGCUGGCCAUAUGCUGCGGUUGGGGAGAUGAUCAACACAACCUGUCCUGCUGUCUUCUCUUUUUGGGGGAAUAACACAGCAGGGUCAGUCAGCAGAAACUGCACCAGCAUCGGAUGGUCGCGACCCUUCCCCCCGUACCACACAGCCUGUAGUGUGGAUGAUGACGUUCCCAUUCCAGAGGACUCCUACUUUGCCACUGUCAAGCUGAUCUACACCAUCGGCUACGGCACCUCCCUGGUUUUCCUCUCCAUCGCCGUGGUGAUCCUGUUGCUCUUCAGGAGGCUUCACUGUGCCAGGAACUAUAUUCACAUCCAGCUGUUUGUCACCUUCAUGCUAAAGGCGGUGGCUGUGUUCAUCAAGGACGCCACACUAUUCGCCAGCGACGACACCAACCACUGCACCCUCUCCACCGCAGCCUGUAAGGCAUCAGUGGCCUUCUGUCACUACUGUGUCAUGACUAACUUCUUCUGGCUCCUGGUUGAGGCCCUCUACCUCAACUCACUGCUCCUCUCCUCCUUCCACCACUACCGCCGCUGCCUCUGGGGCUUUGGCCUGCUGGGCUGGGGUGUACCCAUCAUCUUCACAGUCAUAUGGAUUGGGUCCAGGGUGUAUUUUGAGGAUACUGAAUGCUGGGACAUCAAUGAGGACUCCCCCUAUUGGUGGAUCGUAAAAGGGCCAAUUGUUGUUUCUAUCGGGGUCAAUUUCAUCCUCUUUCUGAACAUCAUCAAAAUCCUGAUACAGAAACUGAACCCUCGUCUGAUCCAGUUCAAUAACUCCGACCACUAUAGACGGCUGACUAAGUCAACCCUGCUCCUCAUCCCCCUCUUCGGGACCCCCUACAUGGUGUUUAACUUCCUACCUGACUACUUCAAUGUUAGCGUGCGCCUCUGGAUCGAGCUCUGCAUGGGGUCCUUUCAGGGGCUGAUAGUAGCGAUCCUCUACUGCUUUCUCAAUCAAGAGGUCCAAAAGGAAAUCCAUAUGAGGUGGCUGAGGUGGCAGGAUAACAGCUACGGAGUGGUUCUGCCCGGUGCCAAGGGAAGUCAGAUGGACACACAUUUCUAGUGCCACACUCUUCAUCCUCCUCCUCCUUUCUCCAACCUCUAUAUGUGUGUCUUUCGGCAGGGUUGGAAUAAACCAGAAGUUCCCAUUGGACAACGGUCCUAUUCUUCUUCUAAUUCCUGUGGCCUCCACACAUUGCUUAUAUAUUUUUAGAAGGAGAGGGUGCUGUACAUUGUGUCCCUAAAGCAUACAAUGUCCUCUCUUCUCAUCAUCACAAUCUCAUUGCUAAAGGGACCACCACUGGGUUCAUCCAUUGUGUCCAGCUUAAGAUGAACUGUUGCAGCACUGUGAAAUGCCCUUCCUCGUCCUCUUCCUCCUCCUCCUCUUUCUUCUCUUCAGUAUCAUCUAUGGUUAAGUUACAGAGAAGCCUGUCUCUGAGGUACUAUACCAUCCAUCAAGGAUUGUAUCCCAAUUGGUAAUGGGACAGCAAAUAUAGUGUUGAUGUUUUUUUUUAACAAAACAAAGUUCAAAAAUAAUUUAUACUGGAAAAUAGAGGGUUUUAUGUAUCAAAUGUGUCCCUGUUUUCAUGUUUUAUGGGAAUAUUGUUUUAUAUGUUUGUAGCUUUCUCUCCGUGUUUCAGUGCCUCUGUGUGUGUUUUGCUCUCUCUCUUUCUCUGUGUGUGUUUUGCUCUCUCUCUUUCUCUGUGUGUGUUUUGCUCUCUCUCUUUCUCUGUGUGUGUUUUGCUCUCUCUUUCUCUGUGUGUGUUUUGCUCUCUCUCUUUCUCUGUGUGUGUUUUGCUCUCUCUCUUUCUCUGUGUGUGUGUGCGCAUGUGUGUGUAUGCAUCCAUGUCCUAUUAUCCAAUGCUUUAGAUUCUGAAUACAGUAUUAGGUCCCCUGGUGGCCCUUUCAUUAGGCUUCUUGUGGCUAUUGAUGGGUAACGUGCAAUGUAUACAGGAGUACUGUGUGUCGAUGACAAUUCUUCCCUGGAGGAUAUUAAAGUUCAUCCUAUCCUUUC